GGCGUGGCGUGGGCAGCACACGUGUGUGCGGGGCCCAUGAUGGCGGCGGUGCCCAGCGACCUCUUCCCGCUGGUGCUCGGCUUCCUCAGGCAGAACCGCUUCGAGGCGGCCGCCAGAGCCUUCGCCAGGGAGGCGGCGGCGAAGGAGCAGGACCCCAAUGCUGCCUCGCUGCUGGAGAUCUACAGCUACUGGCUGAGGUCCCCGGGGGCCCAGAAGAGAAAGCUGGUGGCCAAUGGCUCCCAGGUGAAGAGGAAGCCCCCCCCCAGCAGUGAGAGCAGCUCCAGUGAGGAGGAGGAUGAGGAGGAUGAGACCCCCCCAGCCAAGAAGCCAGCUAAAGCAGCAGCUGUGCCCAGGACAAAAGCAGCAGCUCCUGCAGCCAGGAAGGCAGAAAGCAGCAGUGAGGACUCCAGUGAUGAAUCAGACUCGGAGGAGGAGAAGCAGCCAGCAAAGAAAGGUGCAAAACCUGUGGUGAAGGCAGCUGGAACCAAACUCCAGCCCCAGAAGAAAGCAGAGAGUUCCAGCUCCAGCAGCUCAGAUGAGGAAACACCAAAGAAACAGCCCCCAAAAGCAGCAGCAGCAGCAGCAGCAGCAGCACCUAAACUGGGGGGUAAAGCUGCCCAGGUACCCACCAAGGUGCUGAAUGGGAAAGCAGCAAGCAGCAGCAGCAGCAGUGAAGAUUCUGAGGAGGAAAAGGCUGCACCAAAGAAGGCUGUUCCCAAGAAAUCACCUCUGCCAAAACCUGCAGCCACUCGGCCAUGUCCAGGGAAAAACAAACGUGCCAAGGAGAGUUCCAGCAGUGAGGACUCAUCUGACAGCUCAGAAGAUGAAAAGCCACCUGCAAAACAGAAGCCCAAGCCUGGGCUGUACAGUGCUGUGCCUCCACCUCCAGCUCCCCAGGCAAGGAAGGGCCCUGCCAAGGCUCCUGCAAAGAAAUCUGAGAGCAGUGACUCCUCAGACAGCAGUGAUGAGGAAGAGCAGGUGACCCCCAAGGCAGGAGCAGGCAAAAAAGUAGUGGCUAAAACAACCCCUGUCCCCAAAACCAAAGCUGUGACUACCAAGAAGGCUGAAUCCAGCUCUGACAGUGACUCAGAUUCCAGCUCUGAAGAUGAUAAGAAGGGAGGGAGUAAGCUCCCAGCUAAACAACCCGUGGUAAAGAAUACACCCAAACUGCCAGCAAAAGCAGCUGCCAGGCCUCAGCAAGCAAAGAGAGACUCCAGCUCAUCCUCAGACAGCUCAGAUUCUGAUAGUGAGGAGAAGGCCCCUGUGAAGCCCCCAGCUAAAGCAGCAACCCCUGCAGCAAAGAAGGCACAGAGUGCCCCAAAGAAAGCCCAGAGCAGCUCUGAUUCAGACAGCAGCUCCAGCAGCUCUGAGGAGGAUGAUAAGAAGGCCAAGAAAGGCAUUCCAGCUAAAUCAGCUGGCAAAGUGGCCAAGCCUGUGUCCAAACCUUCUACCCCAGCUCCCAAAGCAGACACCUCUGACUCUGAUAGCUCCAGCAGUGAAGAAGAAAAGAAGCCAGCAGUGAAACCAGACAGCAGAUCUCUGGGGGCAGCAAAGGCAGCUGUGGGGAAGAAGGCAGCUGCUUCCAGUAGCAGCUCAUCUGAUAGCUCCAGUGAAGAGGAGAAGCCCAAAAAGGCAGGGAAAGGGGCACAGAACAGCUCUAAGACCAAUGGCUCCACAGAGAAGGCAAAAGCAGCCCCAGCAGCAGUGAACAACCUGAAGGCCAAGCCAGCUGGGGGCAGCAGCAGCAGCAGCAGUGAGAGCAGCUCUGAAGAAGAGACAGGGAAAGCCAAUGGAGGCACAGUUGGGAAGACACAGAAAAGGAAAGAUGUUCAGGAGCCAGAGACACCACACAGUAAAAAGGCAAAGUUCAAAGCCAAAACUCCACACACAGUUCCUAAGGUGAAACAGCCAGCCGCUCCCUUCCGCAGGGUCAGGGAAGAAGAGAUUGAGGUGGAUGCCCGUGUUGCUGAUAACUCCUUUGAAGCAAAGAAAGGAGCAGCUGGUGACUGGGGUGAGAAGGCCAACAACAUCCUGAAGUUCACUAAGGGCAAAUCCUUCCGCCACGAGAAGACCAAGAAGAAACGUGGCAGCUACCGUGGGGGCACCAUAUCCACCCAAGUCAACUCUGUCAAGUUUGAGAGUGACUGAGAAUGAUGUCUCCUUGGGAAUCCAUAAACCAUCUGCUCACCAGGAUGGCUUGGAUGGGCAUGUGGAGCCUGCCUGGAAUGCUGCCUCCCCUCCCCUGUGGUGGGGCAAGCAGCUCCAGCGUGGGUGUGUGGGAGAGUGGUUGGAUGUCCCCCCUUUUGUUUCUAAUUUGGGUUUAGGCCCCUGAUUUGGAACCGUCCUUGAGCUGAUGGUGUUGUCACCUCUAGGCUGACCUCUGAGACUUAAAUUUUUCUACAGUCUUAUUUUAAAAGGCUGGCAGUGAUAUUUUUUUUAAUUUUUUUUUAUUAUUAUUAUUUUUGUUUCUCGCCCAUCUGGUAGAAGAAAAAAGUGGGAGGUUAAACUAAUUUUCCUGUAUUUCUCUAUUUCAGCUAGGUUAACUCCACCUGUGAAAUGGCAAGUAUUGUAACUUGCCCUUGGCUAGUCACUGUAAGAGAAACACUGAUUUGAACCCUCUGGAUGUAACCCCUACCCCCACCUGACAUUUCAAGUUCACAGUUGCAGUGUGACAGGGUUCCUCUUUUUUGUUUCCUUGUUUUAUGGUUUCACUUUGCAAUAAAUUCCUACCUUCCCACCUUCCUUCCACUCCUCCUGAGGCCACUAACCAGAGUCUAAAUCUCCCUUAGUUGAAUAACUUCAAACCCUUGCAUCUGGGAGUGGAGAUGUGCAGAAACUCUUGGCUGCAUGGGGAUUGUGCUCUUUGGCUCAGUGGGAAUGGGUGAGGAGGCAGUGGAGACAAAACCCCCCUCCCCUUUUCUACCCAGCUCUGCUUUUUGCUGUGCUUUUGUCGACUCCAGUGUGGCUUCACUCCUUGUUCUCUCUUGAACAUAAAUUCUGCCAGCUUAGGCUCCCUCCCAGCAGUGUGCCCUGCAGCUUGCUAGGAGUCAAGAUGAAUGUAUCAUUGAUGCCUUAAAUGUCUUUCCUGGGUUGGAUCACUUGCUCUCUGAGCUCUUCUCCAUCUGCUAAAUCCUUACCAAGAAGUAAAAUGCCAGUUUCCCCAUGGCACUGCCUCAGAUCAAGCCUGGUGCUGUUAAGGUUUGAAGUUUUGUGUCUUGUUAUGGGGAGCCUCAAACAAUUUGCAGCCAAAACUUCAGAUAUCUGGAGCAACUGAGAUAUUCCAGAGGCUUACUGCUGGUGGGGGGAGGACAGGACACACUUUCCCUCCAGUUCUGAGAGUGCCUCCUCAUUUCUGGUGCAACUUGAAUCUGGUAGAAAAUGGUUCUCCCCCUCCCCUGCAUUCCUCCCCUGUGAGGUGGGCUCUUUGUUUCUGGAGCCACUGGCUGUGGGAACUGAACAGCAGCUGUGCAGGUUUGGGAACUGGGCAGUGGGCUGGGGGAACUGCUCACCCCACCUCCUAAAAACUUGCCAGCCCCUGAGAGAGGUUCUGUGCAGCCUGGUUUCCAUGUUUCCUUCUGGGAAGCUGCAUUGGUGUGCAGAGCUGUGUCACCUAAUUGAGGGUUGGGUGAGCCACCCCCAUACACAGCAGCUGCAACCUGUCCCAGGGAGCAGUUUUCAGGACUUCUCUGGCUUGCACAAUCUCUGGUGCCUGAAUUCCAGGCUGCACUGUGGAGGGGCCCAGGAGACCACACUCACUGUGAGGCAUUGAAGGUGAGAGGCCCAAGGAAGGUGUGAAGAGAGAGUUUGAACAUCAUCUUGCUCGUGCUUUGUCAUUUGCCCUCUUUCUUCUGUCUACCAGGACCUUAAUUUUUAAAAAGCUUUUCUAUUUUGGGGGUAUUUUAAGUGUGUGAGCUGUAACAGGCUGGAAAAUAAAGAUUGCUGCCUUUGUAA